UCCAUCUGUUUUUCGAUGAUUUUGGAGGAUCUUCCAAACAGGAUAAAUCUACAGGCGAGAGUGAUUUGCACCGGGUGAUAGAAUCAAUUCUCAUCAACAAUUAUCGAACGACAGUUUUAUGAAUUAACUAGUUACUGUCAUCAGUUCAAUUCUCUUCAUCAUCAGAGGAUUUUCAGUGACAAUUCUCGAUGAUUUACACGUGAUUGCAUCAUUCCUAACCUAUCAUCGAGUAAGUGCGGUAAUUGUUAAAUAAUUGAAAAUGACAAUGACAACAUUGAUGCUAAGGAAUUUAUCCAGACUUCAGGUACCAGAGAGAUUAUGUCUAAGUCAGACGAGACAGUACACUAUAUCCAGCGUACUCAGGCAGGAUGUUAAAGAUGCCCCCAAGGUAACCAAUCUCCCAAAGCUCAAGGCUUGGAAGCUGAGAAAAAGUCCAAUUACUUGGACCAGCUUCUUCAUCGGUGGAGCCAUUGGUUGUGGAUUUCUCGGGUAUUUAUGGUACCUGAAGGCACAGAAGGACAUGCUGCUGGAGAAGGAACGAAGGAGGACUAUUGGAAAGGCUAAGAUUGGUGGGCGAUUCGAUCUAGUCGAUCCCAAGGGACAGCCUGUUAAAUCUGAAGACUUCUUAGGACAGUGGGUGUUAAUUUAUUUUGGGUUCACACAUUGUCCCGAUAUUUGCCCUGAUGAGAUCGAGAAAAUGGUUCUGACAGUUGAUAAGUUAGAGCAGAAUAACUUCAAAGUUCAACCGAUAUUCAUCUCAGUGGAUCCUAGCAGAGAUACUCCAGCGAUCGUGGGAAAGUAUUGCAAAGAAUUUUCAGAGAAAAUCCUUGGACUCACCGGUAAUAUGGAACAAGUGGGAGCGGCUUGUAAAGCCUACAGAGUUUAUUUCAGCAAUGGGCCCAAAGACCAAGACGAAGAUUAUAUCGUUGAUCACACAAUUAUCACGUACUUGAUUGAUCCAGAUGGCAUGUUCGUAGAUUACUACGGCCAGACGAACACUCCUGAACAAAUUGUUGACAGUGUUCUUCUGCACAGCAUUAAAUUACAGAAAUUAAAGGGUGAAAGCAACUGGUUUCCCUCGUGGUCCCUGAAAGGCGCACAAACAGUCGCUUAAUUACGUACUUUAAUUAACUAAUGUGAUUCGCAGGAGAAGUCAAAUUAUUUAAUGUUUGUAACUUUUUCUUAUGCUUUGGCGAUAAGUCUUUCCUGUAAGAUAAGAAAUCCCAUACAAAAUGUAUAAGUCAAGUAAUUAUUCGUGAAGAGGAAUAAAGGUAGUUUUGUUAAUGUA